AUGCGAUUCAUGAAAAACUAUGGAAGAGUGGCUCCUUAUGCUCCUGCCUACGCUAUGAAUGAUGAAUUCUCAAGGGUCUUGCAUCAGCAAAUGGAGUUUUUCUCCAGUAAUCCUAGUGCAGACACACUCAACCGUGUCCGAGGAGAAGUUAGUGAGGUACGCACAAUAAUGGUGGAUAACAUUGACAAGAUACUAGAAAGAGGUGACCGGAUUGAGCUUCUUGUUGACAAAACAGCGACCAUGCAAGAUAGUGCAUUUCACUUCAAGAAACAGUCAAAGCGCCUUCGUCGAGCUCUGUGGAUGAAAAAUGCCAAACUCUUGUACGUAUUUUAAUAACCAUCUAUUUUUGUUAAACCUCAUAUAAGAGCUCAAUAAUGGUCUAUAAAGACUAUAAAGUUCGUGAAAGCAAGAAUGCAAAUGGCAGAGCUGUAUUGAUCUAUGCACUGUGAAAGUGUGUGUAGCUUUGAGCAUGUCUUUGUAAUCUUGUGUUUUGGAGAUUUUAAUUCUGCAAGCUUUAUUGACUAGCUGUAAGGGUUUACAUUUCA